AUGUCCACUUUCAUUGAGAAAUUUAGAUCUCUCUCGCUUUCCAGCGAGCUCAACAACGAGCAACUUGCGUUGGCUACACAGUGGGAAACUGUGGUGAAAUCUGGACAAAUCCAAAGUCACAUUGAAGAACUCAACUUGCGUCUAAGAGACCACUCUUUUGUUUUGGGAACUUUGGUCCCUACUGAAACCGACGCUACUGUCUUUGAAUCAGUUUUCCCGAUCAUCAAGGACCUUUUGGCAUCGUCUAAAGAUGUUAAAGGUCAUUAUGCUCAAUACAGACACAUUAUCAGAUGGAGUGCGUACUUACAAGAUCUGUUGGACGUUCCUGAAGACCAAAAGCUUUCCCUAAACUUUGAUCUCGAGUUGCCAAGGGAAGUGAUUGAAAAGAAGAAAAAGGAAGACGCCAAGAAACCAGCCGGCAAUGAUUCCAAGCCAGCAUCCAAGUCUGAGGCCAAGGGCGAAGCAUCGAAACAGGGGCCAAAGGGUAAGCCCGACGAGGAAACUUUGAAAAAACUCAGAGAAGAAGCUAAGGCCAAGAAAGCUGCCAAGAAGGCCCAGCAGUCUCAGCAGGCCCAGCAGCAGGAACAGCAGCCUCAAAAGCCCAGACCUUCUGCUAUUGACUUCCGUAUUGGUUUCAUCCAAAAGUGUAUCAAGCAUCCAGAUGCCGACUCCUUGUAUGCCUCCACCAUUGACGUUGGCGAUGAAGAAGGUCCCAGAACGGUGUGCUCCGGCUUGGUCAAGUACUUCCCACUUGAAGCAAUGCAGGAACGCUACGUGGUUGCUGUGUGCAACUUGAAACCCGUGAACAUGAGAGGUAUCAAAUCCACAGCCAUGGUGUUGUGUGGUUCUGAUGAAAACAACGUUGAAUUUGUUCAACCACCAGAGGGCAGCAAGCCAGGUGAAAAGGUCUUUUUCGAAGGCUUUGGUGAUGAGGAACCUGCCAAGCAGCUCAACCCUAAGAAAAAGAUUUGGGAACAGUUACAACCUAGUUUCUCUACCAAUUCUGAUCUAGAAGUCUUUUUCAAGGACGAAGAAGACAACGACAAGCCUAAGAAGUUGACCAAUGCUCGUGGCGAUUCGUUCAAGGUCGCAUCCAUCACAGGCGCCAACGUCCGUUGA